AUGCUGAGUGGUCCAUCAGAGCAGACACACGGCAAAGUGUCCUCUGGAUCAAAGUCCAGCUCCUGCUCUGCCUCCACACCAGCUCCCCCUGCUUCCUCAGCCCCGACCCCGACUCCAGUCCAAGCUCCCGCUCCGACCGCGGUGACCUCAUCACAGGCCCCGUCUCUGACCCCUGCGUCCACGGCUCCUGCUGCCCCGACAGCGUCUGCUCCAGCCCCGACAGCAAGCUCCUUCCCUCCCUCCCCGAACUGCCGCAUCCGAGAGGUUCACUGCGGCAGCCAGGUGCGGCUGGUUGUUAUCGCCAUCCGAGACAUCUCCAAGGGGGAGGAGAUCACUGUUGACUACAGCCUGACAGAGUGGGGGGAGAAUCUGGGUUUCCGUGGUACUGUGUCACCAGCACAACAUGAAUGUAACUCUGACUCUGAGACGGGCAACAAUAUCAAAAAGGAGGAUGAGCCUCUCCCUCUGACAGCCCAGCAGCAUCAGAGGCAACAGCAACAUCAGGAGUAUGUCACCCCCUCUUGGUCCCUCUCCCCAUCUUCCUCCCCCAUCUCUCACUCUGACGCCAGUGACUCAGAUGCGGGAGAUGAGGACAAUGCCAGCCCCCGCGGGCGUGCACAACGCCGCCGCAAAAAACGCCGUGGCACUCCUUCAAAGAGAAAGAACCCCUAUCGGACCCCACCUGGUCGGCCACAAUCGGUCUCCUCUGCAAGCAUUCCUCAUUCCAGCCGUCCACUUCCUGCAUCCCACCCUCCAGCACAGUCCUCCCCUCCCUGCUCGUCUUCAUCGUCCCCCUCUUCAGCUAAACCUGUGUUCAAAGCUCCAAGCAGCAUCAACAUAAACCUCCAAAGAGGAGGGGUUUCCUUAGACUCUGUGCGCCAAACCUGUGAGUACUGUGGACGCCACUUCCGCUCUUUAGGCCGCCACUUAGACAAACACCACGCUCACCAACCAGAGGUGUGCUCUGCCCUAGUGGAGCGCUACACACAGAUGCCCCGCCUACAUGCACAGAACACACACCCUACCCCAGCUCUCACACACACACUGCAGCACUCAAAGUUGGCUCAUGAUGGGGGACACAGCCGCAGUUCAGAUCUUACACACAGUGGCGUCCAGGACCUCUCCAUGUCUCCGCCAACUCUUGCAGCAGCUAACCAAUCCCUUUCCUCCUGCUUGAGAAACCCCACCCCACCAAUGCUGACUCCUCCCCGAGGACAGAACGCAGUGCCAGUGUCCGUGGUGAAGAGGAGCCCGCCUCCUGUGGCACUUUCGCAGUCCAGGAAGGAGGCGAUGAGAAGGUUUAAGAAAGAAAGAACAGAGGGGGAGGAGCAUGAAGAGGAUGAGGAUGAUGAUGAAGAAGAUGUGGAGGUGGUGGAGGUAAAGAGGCAGAAAGAGGAGGAGGAUGUGGAGGUGGUGAGCCCACAGUCCUUUAUCAACAGGUCAGCCAAAGAGAUGGAGCCACCAAAAGAGGAGGAAGAUGAGGAGGAAGAGGAAGAGGAGGAGGAAAAUGGAGUGAUGGAAGUGGAUGAUGAAAGUGGAGGAGAAGACAAGGAAAAGGACUUACUGAGUGGUUCAGGGCGCCAUCAUUUGCUGCCGCUCCUCUCAUCCCUGUCCUCUCUGGUGCUGUACCUUCGCCGCUUGCAGCACUCUGCCUUCCUCUCCCUGUCUCGGCAGCUUCAGUCUGCAGAGGCCUGGCGUCCUCUGCCACUCCAGCCUGGCUCUCCUCAUCCUAUACAACCGAAGACGUGAGUGUGAGGUCUCCAAGCUGUCCAUCGCUGAGUACCGUUCUCGUGUCACUCCCCAGUGCCCUGUCCCUGUCCCACCGGGUGCCCCGCCAGCUCUGACCCCACUGGAGGCCUCCCUCUCCCCCUUUGAGCGCCUGGUGCUUCCUCACCUCCCUAGAGUCGGGGUCCAGGGUAAACGUGGGCGAGUCCAGCCCCUCAUCCUCCCCCCACAUUGUGAACCCUGCCUGGAGCUCCUCCUGCAGACGGCAGGAUGUGGGUGUGGACCCUGCAAACCCUUACGUCUUUGCCCGGCCUUACCACUCCCCUGCCACACCACUGCGAGGAACUGACCUUCUCCGCAGCCUGGCUCGCUCAAGUGGUACCCGUAAUCCUCGUGCCCUGACUCAGACCAGGGUCAGACGACAAGUAGCUAUUCUGACCCAACUGCUGCUCCUGGGAGAGGGGAGAACCCGGGCAGCCUGGAGGCAGCGCUGUGGAGAGCUGGAGCACUUCCUGGAGCGGGAGUAUCAUGUGACACAGAACUGUGCUGGGAUUGGCCAAGACCCAGGCCUGAUGGGCAGAGUGGGCCGAGUCGUGCUUUGUGGAGAGAGAGAUGGAGUGCUGUUCAGAUGAGCCUGAACCACAUCUGCCUGGAGCUGGAUGUCAUGUCAGGAAACUCUGCAGACUCGUACUCAGAGGGAGAGUCUGAGGGAGAGCAGGUGAAGGAGAAGCCGGGGCCGCCCGCCCCUGCACCCUGCUCCGACCCCUACACCUACCUGCUGUAUGUGAGGAAGGGCAAAAACAACGGACGAGUGGGACGACCAAGAAGCUCAGAAUGCCCAGAUGUCUACUCCAGCUCCUCCUCCUACACCUGUAAACCGCAGGAGAGGCUCAGGUCAGCCCUCAUCAGGAAAGCGAGGAGUCCUGAAACGACCCUGGUCUGAGGCGGAGCGUGCAGCGGUCGAGGAGCACCUGACCCAAAACAUCACUGAGCUCAGAGUCCCAGCCAAGGCAGACUGUGAGCGCUGUCUGCAGCAGUGCCCCCUGCUGGUCAGCAACCACCGUGACUGGCGGGCUAUCAAGUUUUACUGCCACAACCGCAUCCAGCUGCUGAAGAAGAACCAGCGGCGUGACUGUGAGCCCCUGUCUCUCACUGUCUGCUGAGAGGCGGGGGACGAGAGGCAGGGGUGCCUGGUGUGUUGCAGCUGAUAAGAGCAGAUUGUCAAAUGGUACCCUGUUGCCCAGGAAAUGCACUAAUUUUGAGAGGAAGGUCCUAAAUUUCACUUUAUUCUUCUAUAGAGUAGAUUCUCUUUGACUAGAUUCAAUUUGACACCUCAUUUUUACUCUUACAACCAGAACAGAAAUUUCAAUACAUUUGUUGCUGCUCUACUUUAAGGUCUUAAAUAAUUACACUAGAGUCUUUAUGGUGCUCCUGGUUUGAGGGUCACUGUUAGGUCUUGUCAAAAGCAGUGCACUGGGAUGGGUGCCAUUUGUGAUGUGUUAUAUAUGGACUUCUUUUCCUCUCCUUUCAAAAUGGACACACUAAACUGAAAUGUAAAAGGAGAGGCAGUCGAGCCCUUCAGUGUGUUAUAUGAACGUCGUGAAGUAGCAUUAGUGUUUCAUGCACUCUGAGACGUUAUAGGACAAAUGGCCUAUCAUAGGGCCACACUUUUCUUACUAGUGGCUAAUAUAAGUAGAGUAGGAAUAACUACUGCUAACUGUAGAAGAAUAGCCAGAUCUAUCCUCAAACUAGCUAGUUCUUCUUUUCAUACAGCUGACUGUGCAAUUCUGACUUCGGUUUCAUUAUAUUUGGACCUUAAUGUACAUGUAAGGUACUUGUUGAAUGAACUCUUUUGCAGUUUCUAUGAAGUGUUUUUCAUAACUUAGUGAAAUUCUACAAAACAAUGGAGAGAAUUUUCCAAAGUGUGAGUUGAGGGUUUCAUGAAAUAGACAAUUAAAGGCCUCUGAAUGUUGUGAAGUUACCUUUGGAUACCUAAGAUGUUUAGUUAAACUAUAAAGUCCAGAAAUUUGAGAACUGUUCUUUAAACCUGUUGCGUCAGACUUAAAAUGUCAACAGAUACUAGUUUCCCAUGAGGAAUGGUAUGUUCUCAUUUCAAUAUUGUUUGUUGUUUUUGUUCCUUUUCAGCCUGUUGCACAUUUGAUAUUCAAAGCAGUAUACAAGGUGCUACAGGCCUAUAAGCUGGAUAUCACUUUAUGUGAGGGGAUGAGAUUUCCCUUUGUUGUGUUUCAAGUUUCUUUAAAAAGUGGGCAUUUAUCAGAGAAGUGACUGUUCUGUGUUUCCAUGUUUCCUGCGGUUUCCUGCGUCGUCUGUGUUGUUCAUUUCUUAAACGGCUAGAACCCCCUCGUCACACUACACGGUCUGCAGCUCGACCAGAUUUUUGGUUUCUCUUCAGUGUUGCUGAAAAUCUGUGUCCAUUGGACUCAAAAACUCCAUGAAACCUCAAGACAGAUACUUGAAGUAAUUUAAAACUUUUGUUCUUUCUUGCUCUAGCGUUGCCAGUUACAUUGUACAUAAAACAAAUAUAUUAUCAUUAAGCUAACUGGUUGUUUGUGCUAGACUAUAUGUAGCUUUUUCCAUUUCUGAGUUCUUGCUUUCUGUACAUACGCCGUUUGUAAAUACUCUUCAGAGAAACAAAGAAAAAACACAAUGUAUGACAUGCCUUGGUUAUUGUGUUAUGUUUUUUCUUUUUUAUAAGUCUUAUAAAAAUUUAACUCUU